UUGUUGAGUACAUAAGAGGCUCCCUGUGUGCGACCCUCUCAGCAUUCAAGACCAGAGUGUGAGGGGAUCCAACUAUUGAUCAGAAGAGGUUGCCGAGCUUUCAUCGAGUGGUGGAGUGGUCAGAGGCAGCCAGAGUCAUCAUGGCUAUGUCCCAGGAGCGGAGUGUGUGUCUGGGGCUUUGGGUGCUCCUUUUGCUCGGUGCAGGCAUGGAGGAAGUUGUGGAGGGAUGUAGCUGCCACCCAGCACACCCACAGCAGUUGUUCUGCAGCGCUGAGAUUGUGAUAAGGGCGAAGAUCUCUGGAGAGAAGAUUGUGUCGCCUAGCAACAGCUCCUCACCUUACAUGAAGAUGAUCCAAUAUGAAAUCAAAAUGAUCAAGAUGUUUAAAGGUUUUGACAAGGCCAAGGACAUCCAGUAUGUGUACACUCCAGUCUUCUCCUCACUGUGUGGAGUCAAACUAGACUCCAACAAUAAAGCAGGGUAUUUGCUCUCAGGAAGUAUGUGGAGUGAUGGGAGAAUUUCUAUUGGCCAAUGUGACCUAGUUGAGUCCUGGGACAACUUAUCACUGUCACAGAAGAAGAAUCUAAACUACAAAUACCAGAUGGGCUGUGAAUGCAGAAUCAACACCUGUUACACAGUCCCGUGUGCGUCUACAGGAGAAAACGAGUGCUUGUGGACUGACUGGCUGCUGGAUAACAGCCUGAAUGGGGAGCAGGCUCGGCAGUACGCCUGUAUCCGCCGUUCUGACACAACCUGUAGCUGGUACCGGGGUGGACCCCCACCUGAGAAAGACUUCCUGGACAUGGCUGACCCUUGACCUGUAAUUCUGAAAAUUCGUUUUACUACAUUUCACAACUGCAAAGUCUUGAGAAACAUUUCCUGCUUUCGCUUAUGUAGCUCAAAUUUGGCACGCAAGUAGCAACUGAUUUAAACGAACAAUUGGCUGACUUUCAAGGGAGACCCAUUGCUGAGCUUCUGUUUGCAGAGUUCAGGUGGUUGAUAAAGCAAUGCUAGGAAUAUCUUUGCAAACUGCAGGGGGCUUCAACCGUCCUCUGACUCAGAUUUUUCUUGCUCUCACACAUUCCACUUCACUUGAUGUUUUUCACAGAAUAGGAAUAGCAGCACACCAUCCACUGCAAAUUAUUCACCUAGAGUGAAUCUUUUCUUUAUCUCUGAUUGCCUUUUCGAAAUGCAUAACCUUGACAAAUACUGAAGACCUCAUAUUUUUGUUAAUGCAUAACUUACAAAAGGUUAUGUCGUCAUUUAGAUUACGCAUUUACUGAAAGUAGAAAAAAGAUGGCAACGUCAGCCACAACCCUGCAUUGCAAAGUUUACUUUACACCCUGUAAACAAUUAUAUGCACUACAUUUUUGCAGGUAGAACGCAGCACUGCCACAUUUUCCCCAUGUAUUAUCGUGUUGAACUAUUACCUUUGAAUAUUAUAACUGAAUAACUGUCCCUUGCAAAUGAAAAGGCACUGUAAAUAUAUAAAUAUAUAAAGUGGAAUGCAAAGCAACACCAGACAUACCCCCAAUUAAUUAUAUUUUGACAAAAUCUGACAUCAAAUAUGUAUGACCAUAAUUCUUGUACAUCUAAAUCAUGACAGUUUAUACUCUCAAAAUUGCUGAGAAUGUAAAUAUUGUACCUGAGUGAGAAUUAACCUUUUAAAGGCUAACCGGAUCUUAGUCUUAUAGCAUAGAAGUUGUUGUUAUCUUGUGGUUGUGUGUGUUUAGUUUCCUUGGUUGUACUAUUUCCUGUGCCAAAAAUCUAACCCAGCGCUCUAACUGCCACCUGUAGAAGCCAAGCCACCUCUCCUUAGAAGAAAUGAUGUAACAGGACAAGGUUCAAUUCACUGUUUAAAACUCCUU